AUGGCACACAAAGAUUGCCACUCCAAAACCUGUCCGCAGUCAGAAUCUUACGAGCCUACUACCUCUAGUCAUAGUCUCUCAAACGGUAUCACACCCAGCUUGAGAGCCUCCACCACACCCCGAGCCUCGACCAGUUCCUUUCAUGUCUCCAGCGCGAAUACCACGGCGAAUACCACCGCUUACUCCGGCUGCUCCAACUUCGCCAGCUCAAGCUCGAGCUCGAGCUCGAGCUCGACCUCGACCUCGGACCCAAAGUAG